CUCGCGCGGCUCGUGAACAACGUGCUCGACUUUUCGAAGAUCGAGGCUGGGAAGAUGGAGCUCGAGGAGACGCCGUUCUCGCUGCGAUCGCUCGUCAAAGAGACGUCGGAGAUUAUGCGCGCGCAGGCGACGCGCAAGGGCUUGGCUCUGAACGUUCGCGUCGCCGACGACGUCCCCGAGGUGAUUCGAUCGGACGCGCUGAAGCUGAAGCAGAUCCUCGUGAACCUGAUCUCGAACAGCGUCAAGUUCACGCGCGUCGGGAGCGUCGCGUUGACGGUGACGGUCGCCUCCGACGCGGACGCGACCGAGGAGUAUCUGCGCUUCGAAGUCGAGGACACGGGCGUCGGCAUGACGCGAGACGUGUUGACUCGAAUCUUCGAGCCGUUCGAGCAAGCGAACCGGUCGACGAACCGCACGUUCGGCGGCACCGGCUUAGGCCUGGCGCUGUCCAAGUCGCUCGUGGAGCUGUACGGCGGGAUCUUGUGCGCGUCGUCGAACGCGGGGCGAGGGAGCGUCUUUUCGUUCGCCGUCGGGACUGGUGGCGGACUAAAAAACCGCGACGACCUCCGAGGCGCGGGCCCGAUCUCGGUCCUCAUCGCCGAGGACAACGCGUUGAAUCGAAAAAUUUUAUCGUCGCAGCUCAAGUGCCUCGGCGACUUCAACGUCCGGCACGUCGUCAACGGCGCGGAGGCUGUGGACGUCAUCUCCUCCUCCGAGCACGACGCGUACGCGUUCGUCAUCAUGGACUACCAGAUGCCCGUGAUGGACGGCAUCGAGGCGACGCGGCGGAUACGACAGCUGGAGCAGGACACGGGCAAACCUCCCGUCGCCAUCGUCGGGUACACCGCGUCCGUGGAGCAGAGCGUGCUUCGACGCGCGGAGGAGGUUGGCAUGGACAUGGUCCUCUCGAAACCGUGCUCGAUCCCGAAACUGCGCGCGCUCAUCAAGAUGAUUCUCAUGGCGCACGACCUCGCGGCG